UGGUCCGUUGCCAGGAUACAGCACCCAGAAGCUAUCAGACGUUGCUAACAGUCGUUGAUGCAGAUUUACGGAGUUUAUAGCCAAUGUAACGUGUUUAAGAGACUUUUAAAACACACACAAAGGAGACCCAGCAGGAGAAGGAGCACUGAGAGCAGCAUGGAGGAGAACAACGAGACCCCCAGAACUCAGGAACGGAGAAGAAGAAAGCAAACCGAUCCUCACAUCUGUGACCAGUGUAACGAAUCCUUCCCAACAUCUAAUACUUUAAAGAUUCAUCAAUGCAUUCACACUGGAGAUAAAUCCUACAGCUGUGACCAAUGUGGGAAAACUUUAAAUACUCGUGGUGAACUUAAGUCCCAUUAUCGUAUUCACACUGGAGAGAAACCGUACUCGUGUGAAGAGUGUGGGAAAACCUUUGCUCAGAAAGGCAACCUUUCAUCUCAUCAGCGCAUUCAUACUGGAGAGAAACCCUACAGCUGUGACCAGUGUGGGAAAACCUUUGCUCAGAAAGGCAACCUUUCAGCUCAUCAGCGAAUCCACACUGGAGAGAAACCACACAGCUGUGAAGAAUGUGGGAAAACUUUCACUACAUCAAGUAAACUCAAAGACCAUCAACGUAUUCACACGGGAGAGAAACCAUACAGCUGUGAAGAGUGUGGGAAAACGUUCACUAUAUCAAGUCACCUCACAAUCCAUCAUCGUAUUCACACGGGAGAGAAACCAUACAGCUGUGAAGAGUGUGGGAAAACGUUCACUACAUCAGGUGAUCUCCAAAUACAUAGUCGUAUUCACACUGGAGAGAAACCAUACAGCUGUGACCAGUGUGACAGGUCAUUCACUUCAUCAGGUCAUCUUAAGAAGCAUUAUCGUAUUCACACAGGAGAGAAACCAUACUGGUGUGAGCAAUGUGGGAAAACUUUUACUCAAUCAAAUGAUCUCACAAUCCAUCAUCGUAUUCACACAGGAGAGAAACCAUACUGGUGUGAAGAGUGUGGAAAAACGUUCACUACAUCAGGUGAGCUCCAAAUACAUUGUCGUAUUCACACUGGAGAUAAACCAUACAGCUGUGACCAGUGUCGCAAGUCAUUCACUUCAUCAGGUUAUCUUAAGCGCCAUCGUCGUAUUCACACCGGAGAGAAACCCUACUGGUGUGAGCAAUGUGGGAAAACCUUUUCUCAAUUUAGUAAUCUUAAAACCCACAAAUUUACUCACACUGGAGAGAAACCAUACAGCUGUGACGAGUGUGACAAGUCAUUCACUACAUCAGGUCAUCUUAAGAGGCAUCAUCGUAUACAUACUUGAGAUAAGCAAUACUGGUGUGAACAGCGUGGGAAAGCCUUUAUUCAAAUCAGUUCCCCUUUAGAUCCCACCAGCGCACUCACUCUGCAUCCAUCUGAUCCUUUUCUGCGUCAAGCUAGCAUUCCCCCUUCUUUUGUUCAAACGUAAAGCUGACCAACAGUGAGUUUACAUUCUAAUAAAUAUGUUUUUUUAUGGACUACAUUCAGCCCUCCCAAAAUCCUGUUGUCCUUACACACUUAGAAAGUACGAGAGUGCUCUGGUUAAUACAAAUAUUUUUUGAUUAAAACAGCCUUAUACUGUUGCUGCGUUGCUGAAACUAACAAUGAUAUGUCUACCAGGAGCCUGUAAAUGAGACGUUUAGGGAACAUCUGUCAAUAGAAGCAUCUCUUGAUGGUCUACAUAUAUUUCUUAAUACAGUCUUUAUGUAUAAUAUUUCUUAAUCCAUUAUCCGUUAUUUGUGCAGUUGCAAUUUUAGUGAGCAUUGAGUUCAGAAAGGCUCUUGCUAUUUGUUGUCACCCAACAUUCACUGAAUAUUUUUAUUUCACAUUAAUAUUCAAUUGAAAUGUUUGAGUUUGCUUUUUUGCCCCUUUUUAAGUGAACUUUCGAGCAGUUAUGCAGCGUCCACACGGAGGCAAGCGUUGAAGCUUGCCGUUGAGCUUGUCUGAAACUCGACCAACAACCAAUCACAUGAAUCUCACGCCCCAGACACACAAGCUCGCGGUUUGAUUGGCUAGAGCUUGUACUGGCAUAUGAUUGGAUUGGCUGACGCUUCCGCCGAAGCUUCAAAAGUUGAACAUUGCUCAACUUUUGAAGCGAGCAAAGCGAAGCAACGCUCCCACAAUGCAGUUCGGCAAAGCGUGACGUCACCCCAUUCAAAGUGAAUGGGCAGAAGUGUUGAAGCUUCAAUGCACGCCGCUGUGUGGACAGGCCGUAAGACACGUUGGGUUUGAGAAGAGAGACUCUUUGAUUUUUUUUAAACUCUGAUAUAAUCUGAUUUUAUCUCAUGUUCAUUAUUUGACUUCAUUGUACCCAAAAAUGUGAAUAUGAAUUCAAAAAUGAAAUGUGAAUUGUCACAUUGUUCACAGUAAAUGUUGUUUGAAAAAAUAAAAUGUAUUUGAAAAUUCAAGUUUUGACGGGAGUUUUGUGUUAAAAAAGUACAAUAUUUCUCUGGAUAUCUCAUGUCCCUGAAGGCAACAUGACUACAGAAGGCCUGUCACUCAUGUGAAACCCCUCUCAGCUAAGCUCCACCCCCCGAGGCAAUUUUAGGGCCAAAUGUCUGAAACCAAAAAGAUACAAUUCUGCAUCUGAAAAGAAGAAUGACUAAAAUUUCUAAAUAGAAAUAAAAAAGUUACCAAAGAAAUUGCUAAACCAAAUAAAACAUUUCUAAUUACUUAAAAUCACUUUGCAUUAGGUUUUUAUGAAUGGUCUUCAUUUGCUU